CCCCCGCGGUCACGUGACUCUUGGCGUGUACCAUCAUCACAUCCAGCCGCUGUGUCGUGUUCUCUGCCUCAUAUUAACGUUAAGGUGUUUAAACAGAUAUUAAAACAAACAGGAUGGACUUUAACGUGAAGAAGUUAGCCUCAGGGGCCGGCCUGUUCUUCACUCGAGCUGUCCAGUUCACAGAGGAGAAGCUGGGACAGGCGGAGAAGACAGAGUUGGAUGCCCACUUUGAGAGCCUGAUGAGCCGUGCAGACUGCACCAAACACUGGACUGAUAAAAUCUACAGACAGACUGAGGUCCUGCUGCAGCCCAACCCAAGUGCCAGAAUUGAGGAAUUUCUCUAUGAAAAGUUGGACAGGAAGGUGCCAUCCAGAAUUACCAACGCAGAGCUGCUGGGGCAAUACAUGCAAGAUGCAGCAAAGGAGUUUGGUCCAGGAACUCCAUACGGGAGCACUCUGAUCGAGGUGGGAGAAUGCGAGAGGAGAUUAGGAGCAGCAGAGAGAGAGUUCCUCCAGACAUCAGCCAUCAGCUUUCUCACCCCACUCAGGAACUUUCUGGAAGGAGACUGGAGGACCAUUUCAAAAGAACGGCGCCUUCUGGAGAACCUUCGCCUGGACCUGGAUGCCUGCAAGACCCGUCUGAAGAAGGCCAAGCAGGCCGAGGCCAAAGCCACUAUGGCUCCAGACUUCCAGGAGACCAGACCCCGUAACUAUGUGCUCUCUGCCAGUGCCUCUGCGCUCUGGAGUGAGGAAGUGGAAAAAGCUGAACACGAGCUCCGAGUGGCCCAAACAGAGUUCGACCGCCAAGCAGAGGUCACACGGCUGCUUCUGGAGGGCAUCAGUAGUACACAUGUGAACCAUUUGCGCUGUCUGCAUGAGUUUGUGGAGGCCCAAGCUGCUUACUAUAAGCAGUGUCAAUUCCACAUGCAGGAACUACAGAAAGAGCUGAAGAGGCUCCCCAAUGCUUUCACCCUGAACUCCACGCACGCCGUGGCUCCUGCUGACCCUGCAUCAGACGGUACCAGCAGCCCCGUGGAGACAGACACGCUGAAGAUUGAGGAAGUCCAGGCCCCAGCGACAGGAACCCGCAAGGCCAAAGUCCUCUACGAUUACGACGCUGCUGACUCAAGUGAGCUCUCCCUUUUAGCUGAUGAGCUCAUCACAGUUUACACGGUGCCGGGGAUGGACUCUGACUGGCUGGUGGGAGAGAGAGGCAAUCAGAAAGGAAAAGUGCCUGUGACAUACCUGGAGCUGCUCAGCUAAAGAACACACACACAUACACAUUUACACACAUACACAUUUACACACACACACACACACACACACACACACACACACACACACACACACACAAACACACACACACACACACACACGUGCAUGCGCAUGUGCAUGUGUGUGAGUGGAUACGACUAAAAGCCAUUAGGAUUUUUUCAUUCACUGAGGUUAUUUCACAUUCUUACACUCCCCUUUCACCUUCAGUCACACUCCUUCAGUACGCAACAUGUUGAGUUUAACUUAAACACACACACACACACACACACACACACACACACACACACACACAUACACACACACACACACACACACACACGAACACACACACACACCUACAUACACACACACACCUACAUACACACACACACACACACACACACACACACGAACACACACACACACACACACACACACCACACACACACACACACACACAAUCACACACACAAACACACACACACACACACACACCUACACACACCCACACACACACCCCCACACACACACACACACACACACACACACACACACACACACACACUGGUCCCUGACCUUCUCAGAGCACACUGACAGCAGGGAUAAUGGAGACCUUGUUACACUGGGAUCAGGACUUUCCCAUGUAGGAACAUUAACAUUCCUCUUUGUUUGGGGGGAUGAGUUCAAGUUUAUUUCUUAUUUAUUGUUUAUUUAUUUUUGUGAAGGCUCGGGUGGACCUUUCAGGAUCAUGAGAGUGAACAGCUGUGAAACACUUUUUCACGAAGUGAAAAUGACUAAAAGCUGAUUUAUACCUCCAUGUCAGCCCCUACUCAGCAGGGUCUGACCACAUACUUGUGCGUGUGGUCUCUCUGAUAGCCGGUCACCUGCUUCCAGCCCCCGCUACGAUCUCUGUUUCCUUUUCCACAGUGAUUCAGAGCGUGUUUUGUUAAUCUACAGCUGAUACAUGUUGCUGUUUAUCAUACAGACAUGAUUACAUGAAGAAUAGAGAGGAGGAGAUGAAAUACACGGACGAUGAGCGGGGAAAUGCAGGAAAUACAACCCCACCGAGCCGACAAAUCACAGGGCUUACGGUCUGCGUCGAUUCUACACGUAGUUACAUUUUGGAGGAGGUGCAUGUCAGCUACGUGUGAACACAGAAUAAAGUCAGUGCAGUAUGUCCAGCCUGUCUAGGAUUAAAGCAUCUUUUUGUUUAUUUCUCCUCAUUUAAUUACAUGUUGAAGUCUCUGUAUCAUCAAACUGACAGACAAGAACGUCCUCCCCCCUCUCAUGGAUUCCCAGCUGUGUGACUGACCCCUUUCCAAGUGAGAACAGUUAGGUGAGGUUAAGCAGACGCACACAAACACACACACGAGAGGGAUGAUGAAUGUCUGACCCCCCAAAGUGAGGUUAUAAGGGGGCCGGCCUGUUUCAGAAUAUGACACAGCUCUGGUGUAAGAGGAAGUGAGAAGAAAUGCGGGGAAACCACAUCAUAACAAACAGGCUGUGACGUUGACGCGGGUGUCUCACUGCCGGUUGCAGACAAACCGAUCAUGACUCUUUGUUUCAAGCUCUCACAGUAAAGAGGAAGAUGUCACUGCUUUCAAGUAAAAGCACUGAAACUCGCUCUGUCUGCUCGGUUCGCUCUGUUCGCUCGGUUCCUCACGUUUCUUUAAGCGUGACAUGGACAGGAUUUCAUUUCCUUCUUCAGCUGUUUUGUUUUUUUCUUCAACCAAAGCUUAAAAUUAACAAGCUAACACUGAAGAUCCAUAACUUUAAAAACAGUAAAUAAAGUUGUAUUUUUGGAUGCAUUCAUGCUGAACUCUCAGACAGCAGAUUUGCCUUAACCGCUAACUGAACUGAAUGUCAUUUCUAGAUGAUUUUACUCACAGAUUAAACAUUUUGUUGACUUUAGGAUGGAACAUUAAUUACAUUUUUUUUUUUUUUUUACAGUUUUCCUCUUCUAGACUUUUCUGUGGAAGAGGAUAAGGGCCACUGAAAAAAAUGUUUAUAUAUUUAUUAUUAUUAUUAUGAGAAAAAAGUCAGGAUUCUGACCUUAAUCUCAGAAUUCUGACUUUAAUCUCAGAAUUCUGACUUUAAUCCACUGAAAAAAAAAAUUAUUCAGGUCCAAUAUAUUUUGUUUAUUAUUAUUAUUCUGAAAAAAGUCAGAAUUCUGACCUUAAUCCCCGAAUUCUGACUUUUUUCCCAGAACAAUAAUAUUAAAAAAACAUAUAUAUGACCUUAAUUAUUUUUUUCAGCUGGCCUAAUCCACUUUCGUACUUUUCUCUUUUUUUAUUUAUUUAAUUGUAUUUAUUUAUUUAUUUUUUGCCUCUCAUACCAUUGAACUAUGGAGUCACAGAAGUGAAUAAUAAAAUAUGUGUGGAAAUAUAAAGAGAAAUAUAUAAAGUAUGCAAUCGAAUAAAAGACACAGAAAUAAUAUCCAUAAAUAAAUGUGAAAUUAAAUAAAUGUAUUAUAAAAAAAUUAAAGUCAGUAUUAAAUUUCGUUUCACUUUUUCUCUUGAGAAUAUCAAAACAAUACAAAGAUAUUUAUCAAUGAUUUUAAUACCAUUUUAAUAACAUGAUCAAAAACUCAUUGGUUAGAGUUAUUAAUGUUAAAAAGUGAAAGCAAAACAUGCAUGAGCUCAAUAAACACAUUAACGCAACUUUUAUUUCCUUCUGCAUUUGAUUCUGUAUUGAUUCUCUCAUUCCUCUUUAUUCUUCCACAUUUAUUGAUCCUUCUUUUGGUUAUUAUUUCUGUGGCAGCGCUGUGACUCCUCGACCCUCAGCACUAACAGUGUUAUGUUUGUCCAACCUGUGACACAAACAAACACACACACACACACACACACACACACACAAACACACGCACACUCCCGUCCUAACUGCCCUUAAGAUGAUGGGAAAGACCUGCUGAUGCCGUCUGCUGCACUCCAAGAAUGUGCUCUUCACCACAACAUGUCCAGAAACUGAAUGUCCACCACAAACAGCAUGCUCGACUGUAACCUCCUCUGAUCAUCAGUCUCUGAGUGAUUCAGGUUUUGGCCUUGAGUGUUAAUUGAAUCCACACGUCUCCCUGUCUGCUGCUGCCGUCCCGUCUGCUAAUACUUUGAAGUGUCUUCAGUCUUAGUGCUGCAUGUGCUACAGCUCGUAGCCUGUCCAGCUGGACGUGUAUGUGUUUUAUGAUCAUAUGAUGUGUAGCUAAGUAUGUUUGUGUGAGAUCUGGAGCACACAAACUAGAUGUGCUCCCUCUCAUCCAGUUUGUGUACAUGCAUGCACUCUAUCAGUUUCAAAGUUCCGUUUUCUGUGAAACCAGCCCAGCGUUUGGACACGUGACCUGCUGGUGGCUGGUGGACUCGGUGGUUACGGCGUGAUCGGAUCAUUAUUGUGCCCCCUGCUCUUUCCUAUUGUGCUUAUUUCACACAUUUUAAGAGAUUUCCUUUUUCAGAUAUGUUUUUUAUGCUGAUGUGGUUCUGUUGUACCAGUAUGAUUUCGUUAAAUACGUAUUGCCUGAUCUUUAACCAUGCUGAGUGAACGAAAUGUCUGGGAUUUAAUAAAAAGUUUGAUUUCCUUGAA